CAGAAGGACUAUCCGAUGGGUAUGGAGGGUAGACCUGGACAGGCGGGGGCAGAAAGCGGACAAGGAGAUCCUCCGUCUUGUGGACAUGUCGCAACUCCACAGCAUCAUCAAAUACCAGGAGGAGUUCGAACAGGGCAAAGGGAAAUACACCACCAUUCUGUACGAUCCUGAAACUCAGAGGGUGGUCGAACUGUCCUCAAUUCAGAGUGCGAUCAAAGUACGAAGAUGACUACAGGAAGAAUAAGGGCCAGUACACAACUGUCAUGUUCGAUCCUGAAACCAAACGUCUCUUGGAACUGUCUGAAAUCCAAAGUGCCUUCAAGUACCAGGAGGACUUUGAGAGGGGUAAGAGCAUCUACUCGCAGAUUCCCGACGAUGUUCAGACAAAACGUGCAGAGGAGGUGUCUCACUUCCAGAGUACAAUCGAGUAUGGGAAGGAAGCUCGAGCACAGCUGCCACAGUACACCCCUGUUGCUGACGAAAAAGAGGUGGUCAGGAUGGUGAACAUGACUAAGCUUCACAGCUUGAUCAAUUAUCACGAGAGGUAUGAGAAGGAAAGAGGUGGUUACACCACGAUUCUCUUUGAUCCGGAGACAAGGAGAACCAUGGAGCUCUCCAACGUACAGAGUCUGGUGAAGUAUCAGGAACAGUUCCAGCAACAGAAGGGUAACUACACCACUGUUCUGUAUGACCCUGAGACUAAACGAGUGGUAGAGUUGUCCAAAACUCAGAGCCAGUUGGAAUACCAAAAGGACUACCCACUCACCAUGGAAGGCAGAGAAGCUGGAACGAUUGACGACCAGGACAAAGAGGUCCUUCGUCUUGUGGACAUCACCAACUUGCAGAGCUUGUCAAAGUAUCAGGAGGAGUUCCAGAAAGGAAAGGGCAAUUAUACCACAGUGCUGUACGACCCAGAGACCAAGAGGGUUGUGGAGGUUAGCUCUAUCCAGAGCCUUAUCAAAUAUGAGGAGGACUACAGGCGAUCUAAGGGUCAAUACACUACAAUCAUGUUUGACCCUGAGACCAAACGCCUUAUGGAGAUGUCUGAAAUCCAGAGUGCCUUCAAGUAUCACGAGGACUUUGAAAAAGGUAAAGGUAACAUCAUGCAGAUCACAGACGACGUGGAAACUCGCAGAGCUACUGAUGUCAGUCAUCUUCAGAGCACGUUGGAGUACAGGAGAGACUAUCCACUUGAUUACCAACAAAGACCUGGCUAUACUGCAUCCACAACUGACAAGGAGCUGGUCAGGCUUGUGGAGAUGUCAAAACUUCACAGCCUCUCUGAAUAUCGUUCCGAUUACGAGAAAGGUAGAGGUGGCUACACCACCAUCCUGUUCGACCCAGAAACCAAGAGACUCCUGGAGAUUUCCAGGGUUCAGAGCCUGAUAAACUAUCAGGAACAGUUCUACCGUGAUAAGGGCAACUACACAACUGUCCUGUGGGACCCACAGACCAAGACAGCUGUGGAGUCUACGAAACUGCAGAGCCAGAUUCAGUACCAGAAAGACUUCCCAGUCGGCAUGGAAGGCCGGGGUGGAAAGGGUGCUGACGAGGCAGACAAGGAAAUUCUCCGACUUGUGGAUGUGAGCAAGCUGCAGAGCUUGGCACAGUAUCACGAGGAGUUCCAAAAAGGCAAGGGUAAAUACACAACUGUCCUCUUUGACCCAGAGACACAGAGGGUUAUUGAGUUAUCAGCAGUCCAGAGUCUGGUCAAAUACGAGGAUGAAUACAAGAGGAAUGUUGGACAGUACCAAACGGUUCUCUACGACCCGGAAACGCAGAGGGUAAUCGAGAUGCAAAAGAUGCAGAGUGUGUUCAGGUAUCACGAGCAGUUUGAGCAAGAGAAAGGUCAAUACACACUGGCAACAGACAGCAUCGACGCCCGCCAUGCGCAAGAUGCCUCUAGAGUUCAGAGCACUCUUCUGUACAGAAGGGACUUCCCACAAGAGUUUGAAGGCAGAGCAGCCUACAUCCCCAUUCCUGAUGACAAAGAGACCCUGCGCAUCAUUGAGCUCACCAAACUCCAGAGCUUAGUGCAGUACCAGAAGGAGUAUGAUAAGUCCAAGGGUGACUACACCACAUGCCUGUAUGAUCCAGAAACACAGAGGGUACUCGAGCUGACAAGAAUACAGAGCUAUGUCAACUACAAGAAAACUUUUGAGAAAGAGAAGGGAAGCUACACAACCAUCAUCUACGAUCCUGAAACAAGGAGAUGUAUCGAGCUGUCAAAGACAGAGUCACAGAUUGGGUAUAAGAAGGACUUCCCGGUAACAUUCGAUGGAAGGCCUCACAUCUCGACAUACGGCGACAAAAGAGCUGUUGAGGCUCAUCGACAUUUCAAACGUACAGAGUGUGAUAAAGUACCAAGAGGAGUUCCUCAGAGACAGAGACAGGUACACAACGGUAAUGUACGACCCAGAAACCAAGCGUGUGAUCGAACUCUCCAGGAUCCUGAGCCUUUCCAAGUACCAGGAAGAGCACCAGAAAGGCAGGGGGAAAUACUCAACCAUCCUCUUUGAUCCAGAAACACCACGGGCUCUGGACCUGACCCAGGUGCAGAGCUCUGUCAGGUAUCGCAAAGACUACCCACAGACCAUGGAGGGUCGGGCUGGGUACUCUGCCAGCAUAGA